AAAUUCAUUUUAAACAAUCGCUUACAUUCAUAAAAGUGUAUAUAUUUUCUAGGAACCGUAACGAUUAUAAUACUCCUAGUUCGAUCAACUUUAACAUUCUCCAUCAAUUUAUGCAUUAUCGCAUUAAUCUUCGUGCUGAACAUAGUCAUGUGGGAUAUGAUCGAAGCCUUUCUGAUGGAAUCAACGCGACGCUGGCGCAAAUUUCGCGGAGUAAAUGAGAUCGAGGGGGGCGAGGGACAGCUCAACUUCUGGCUACUCGCCUGCACCAUCAGUCUGGGCACUAUUUGGCUGGUGCACAGUGAGAUGUGCACUCGUCUCGAAAAUAUGCUUAGACGUCAGUUCUUGUUCAGAUUGAAGUCGCACCUGAUGACCAAAAUGGGUGAAGACAUCCGGAGUUUGAAGAAAGAUCUAAACCGAGCCGUACUGAAUCGCAACAAGCAUAACUCCAUCCAGAAGAACAGCAAAGACAGUAAGAAAAAGAAAAACAGGAAAACCAAGAUCACUCCCUUCACCAGCCCCCACACCAAGAACACUUAAUACACUGCAGGAGUGAAGCAGCGAAGACGAAGAUGCUGAAGUGGGCUGUCAACCAGCCGCGCGUAUCCUACCUGGAGGCUCAACCAGAUCGGGAUGCAGCUGGAGGCCAUGUCAUAAGCAGCUACAGCGAUUUCCAACCAACUGCCACGCCCACCCCGAUAGCCGCCUCUCGAACGAAACUGAAUCUGAAUGCGAAUGCGAAGCGACACUCGCUGCUCCACAUCCAGAUGCAGGCGGGCGGCAAGGAGAAUC